UCGGUACCACCCGCCAUAUCGCACCUGCGCACCUGUCCACAAGUACUCUCAACCACCCACUCCAAACGUCACUCCCCCUAUUGUUUCUUUAAAAGUUAUGUGAAAGCGCGAAGGAGAUAGAGGGACAAGACACUUCAAGACUUCCAAGAGUUGUAGAGACAUUGUUUUACUCAUCGGAGCUUGGUGAAAGUUUGUUACAACAUGAGGCUGCUGGCUUUGUUGUUAGCAGUCGGGCUUGUUCGGGCAACGCAAGGAUACGUUCCACAUGAUCUCCCUCGGCCUAAGACAGAUUGUAGUGGAAACGUCCCACAAGCAUCUUCAUCUGCACAGCAGCUGGAUAGCCCUAACUACCCAAACAACUAUGGCAACAACCUGGACUGUACGUGGACAAUACAGUCAGCAUCAGGGACAGUUAUCCGCCUCCACUUCCUAGCCUUUAGUGUGGAGGACAGGUAUGAUUACCUGAAUGUUUUUAAUGGACCAGCAGGCUCUGCAGACACUGCUGCACAGAGGCUAACAGGCAACACUGUGCCUGAUGACUUUGUGAGCAGUGGAAACACAGUGACUCUCCAGUUCACUAGUGAUGUUUCUGUUGUGCAAUCAGGUUUCCAGCUGGAGUAUACAGAGAUGUCAGCUAGCAGCUGUCCUGAUCCAGGUGUUCCAGACAAUGGGCAGGUGGUUUCAGGUGGCUCUCCCUUUGGUGUUGGCAGCCAGAUUUAG